UAUCACAUUAGCUUGGUGAGGUAGCUAGCCUCGGAAAGCUUGGUCGUGUGGCCGUCGUUUACUGUUUUUUGUUUAAUUCUUCUUUCACCGCUGAGAGGAUUGCGCAUUGGUAACUGAUAACUGCCUUCUCACGCCUGCUGGAGAGGAUAAUCGCCGGACCUUGUGUUUGCACGGAUCCCAAUGAUGAGUUAUGCUGAAAAGCCAGAGGACAUCACAAAAGAAGAGUGGAUGGAUAAAUUAAACAACGUUCACAUACAGAGGGCGGACAUGAAUCGGCUCAUUAUGAAUUACCUGGUGACAGAGGGCUUCAAAGAGGCAGCGGAGAAGUUUCGGAUGGAGUCUGGUAUCGAACCAAGUGUGGACCUGGACUCUUUGGAUGAAAGGAUAAAGAUUAGAGAGAUGAUCCUGAAAGGCCAGAUACAGGAAGCUAUUGCACUCAUCAACAGCCUACACCCAGAGCUCCUUGACACCAAUCGAUACUUGUAUUUUCACCUGCAGCAGCAGCAUUUGAUUGAGUUAAUCAGGCUAAGAGAGACUGAGUCAGCGCUGGAGUUUGCUCAGACACAGCUGGCGGAGCAGGGGGAGGAGAGCCGAGAGUGUCUGACAGAGAUGGAGCGAACACUAGCUCUCCUGGCCUUUGACAACCCUGAAGAGUCGCCCUUCGGAGACCUGCUUAACAUGAUGCAGCGGCAAAAGGUGUGGAGUGAGGUGAACCAAGCUGUGCUGGACUAUGAAAACAGGGAGUCAACGCCCAAACUGGCUAAACUCCUGAAGUUACUGCUGUGGGCUCAAAAUGAGCUGGAUCAGAAGAAGGUGAAAUAUCCCAAAAUGACUGACCUUAGCACGGGCACCAUCGAGGACCCCAAGUGAACAUAACAGACAAGAACAACCACCUUCCACGUCCCCUUAAUUUAUGAUCAGUCAGUGACUGUGUGAGACAACCAGGUAACAUAUAUGUAUAAACAAAUGCUACGUUGUUUUUUCAUUUUCCAUUCAUGAGAGGUAAGACUUAACUCAUUGUGCAAACUGUAAAUUGCUGUAUUUGCAAAGUGACAGAAAUUAUUUAGUUUAAAUACUGAUCCUGGAUUUUUAGAUAGAUAUUGGAGAUGACAAAUUCAAAUAGCUGUUUUAUAUUUUGUCUUUUGAAAGCCUCCGCUGGUAGUAUUAUUUAUUGUGAUCAUUUUCCCCACCAAAACAUUAUUUUGCCAGAAAGAGCGUUGAUGGUGUGAAUGAACAAUGUUAAUAGUGUGUGUGGGGCUAAAACCUUGGCUCUCUACGGCGCAGAGGAGUACGGCUGAAACGGCAAGAUAUAAAUGCCCUCUUGUACUGAAGAUAUGUUUAGAUUGAGACUGCAGAAGUAUAGAUUGUUUCAAAUCAGAAAUGAGUUUAAAGUCUAAAUUUCAUAAACAAAAUGUGACUAUUUUUCAAAUAAAUGGAAAGCUACACUUUAUUAAUGUAAUAUAAUUUUACUUAAUGUAAUAUUUAGGAUUUUAUUUACUUUGGUGUUUGGCAAUUUGCUAUAAAGUCAGCCACAUGCUUUUUACACCGUGAAAUUUGAUUGUACCUUUACAAUAUGUGUAUGGUAUGAAUUGCCUUGUAAAUUCAUCAAUUUCACAAGUAUUUGAGAAGGUGAAAUGUGUCCAGACUGAUGGGUUAAAAUCAGUGACGGCUUUCUUACUGAGUUGAGCUCACUAUGCCUUUUCUGAGCUCCACAGUAUGCACUGUAUGCACCUGAUGAUGCAAAAGGUUGUGUGUGCUUCUAUGCUACAGAAGUUUUGAGGUUAAGUUCUGCCCAUCCCGUUGAUGUAAGCAGGAUUUAUACGCUGCUUGAGAGAAAGUGCUGCUUCAAGAAAUAUUUAAGAACGACAGGGCUGUCAACUGUAGCUGCUGUCGAGUUCAAACUCUCACAUUUGGAUUUGCUUCAGACUGGAACAUAUACUUGUGUUCAGUGAUGUUGUUAUAGUAAGUAAUAAUGAUCCAAAGCUGAUAAAUUUAGAAUCUGGACAGGUAUUUUGAAGAGUGCUGUCAUUUUCCCACUUUUUGAAGUAUUUUCACAUUACCUGCAUGUAAGUGUAACUUUGUUUCAAUGGGGGAAAGGCACUUGUGCUUGUUAAUUUUGUUUGGUUUGUUUAUAUCUAUCCAUCUAUCUAUCUAUCUAUACAUAUAUAUGUAUGUAUGUGUGUGUGUAUA